UUGACAUCGUGUCCUUGUCGACAAUUUAUAAAAAAAGACUUUUGAGGAACAAGUUGAAGAGGAGAAUAAUAAUAAUGCAGAGUCACGUAGAGGAUGGAUGUAUGAUCUGUACGAACCUCUCGACGGUUUUGACUUUGCCAUUUCCGUAAAAUAAUCUUACAAAUCUUGCUGCAUAAUAGGUGCUUGCUGCUGCACCGUAAACUCAGGUCAGGUCGUGAGCAAAACCGAGUGCUUGUGAUAUUGAUUUGGCAAUGGAAGAAAUCGAACGAGCAAGUGAUGACGAAGAAAGUCAACAAACGGUACGAGCUGUAGUAACUAUUCAAGAAUUCUCGGAACUUGUUGAACCCUUGGCAAGAAAAUGGCUACCAGGAUGGGGGAAGCGGUUAAUACACGGAGUGCCACCACACCUACGGGAGAGGCAGCCCAACAAGCACGUGUACGAUCCGGAGAUCAUUUCCCUUGGCCCUUACCACCACGGAAAAGCAUCGCUCCGCGAGGCAGAGGUAUUUAAGUAUCUUUGCCUGGAUUGGUUCGCGGAGGGCGACGAGAACAAAAAGCUCCAUCUAUACAACAAGGUUCUCGAGAAAAUCGAUGACAUCAGAUCCUGCUAUGCUGACGUCACCAUUGUCGAAGUCGAAAAGUACGAUGACAAGAGACUAGGUAUGAUGAUGCUUUUGGAUGGAUGCUUCAUAAUAAACUUGAUGAACAACUGCACAGGCAUCGAGAACAACAACCACUCGGAUUGGCUUGCGUGUUGCGGUAUGGCUGCAUCCAUCCAAAUCAUGAUUUCCGAUGUCUUUGUGCUCGAGAAUCAAAUCCCUUUCCAGGUUAUACAGUUGUUACUACAGGAGCGCAAACAAGAAACCGUCGAAAGUUUAGUUCAGCGUUUCAUCGGUUGGACCAUGAAGAUGCAGGUCCAAUAUCAGUUCAACAUUGUCAGAGAAAACGAAGAGCCUCCGAUUCACAUAUUGGAAGCUUGUCGAAGAGCAUUUGUCGAAACACCCAAAUCCCGACACAAACGCAAACCCAAACCAAAACCCAAACAGCACACCGGAGUAAUCAGGGAAAAUGAAGAGCUUCCGCCUAUUCACGUCUCGGAGCAGUUGUCCGAACACACAAAUCUCCGCGAAAACGAAGCCAAACAGCCGACUGGAAUAAGAGCGCACAAGUGGUUGCGGUGCGGAUUAUCAAGGAAAAUCUCAGAAGUCGAAGUAUCCCACACGUCGUUUCGUUCGGUCAUGGAUCUGAAAGCAAAGGGCAUUCACUUCAAGCCUAGACGUAGUCACUCGGUCGUGGACGUUACAUUCAAGUCGCAUGCUUUAUUUGGCCAACUUAAACUCCCGAUUCAAUACGUGUCCCCUCAAACCCGAGUCACAUUAUCCAAUUUGAUAGCGUACGAGGUAUCGCCAAACAGUGGGGCGACGCCUGCCGUAUUGGCGUAUGUCAUCUUCAUGAAAUCGCUGGUCGAAACCCCCGCGGAUGUGAAGGAGCUGCAGAGGAAAGGGAUACUGAUAAAUAGUUUCCCCACUCACGAAAAAGCUGUCGAGGUGUUUAGUGAAAUCGAUACGUUUGGAUACGGGGAUAUCGAUACCUUUGCACAAGUCAAGUCUUACGUCGAAGCGCAUUGCAGAAACCGAGCAAAAACGUGGCUCGCGGAUCUGAUUCAUACCCGAUUCGAAACUCCUUGGUCUGCUAUUGCAUUGUUUGCUGCACUUUUCUGCAGACAUGGUAUACCAUGCACCCUUGUGGUUUGCUGCGGUUCCUUCAUUUAA